AUGGCUGCUCUUGAAAUCCCCAUUAUCGACUUCUCAGGGUUUUAUUCUAAGGAUCCGUUGCAGAAGCAGAAGGUCGUGGACCAGGUCCGUGAAAGCUGCCUUUACAACGGAUUCUUCCAGAUCAUCGGUCACUCUGUACCUCUAGCGCAGCAGAAGUCCGCCAUGCACAACGCUAAGAAAUUCUUUGCUCUUCCCCUCGAAGAGAAGCAGAAAGUUGCCAAGGAGAACACCACCUGGAACCGCGGCUAUGAGAUGCUGAGAUCACAAAUUCUGGAGGAGGGGACGCAGCCAGAACUCAAAGAGGGUUUCUACAUUGGAGCUGAAAUCCCCGAGACUCACCCUUACUUUAUUAACAAGAAGCUUAACAGCGGUCCUAACCAGUGGCCAGAGGGCCUGGGAAGUGACUUGCAAAGUUUCAAGGAAGCUUCGAUGGAAUAUUACUCCUCGACGCUGAAGCUAGCUGUUGACUUGAUGAAGGUUCUUGCGCUGUCACUGAACCUCGAGGAAAACUACUUUGCCAAGUUCAUGGAUGGAGCUGUUGCAACCAUGAGACUUCUUCACUAUCCAUCACAACCCAAAGACGCAGACGAGAAGCUGACGCGCGGGAUUGGUGCUCACACGGACUUUGGCGCCAUCACCAUGCUUCUUCAAGAUGAAGUGGAUGGCUUACAGGUGUGGGACAAGAAGAACGAGACAUGGAUUGAUGUUCCGCCAACUGAGGGAGCCUUCGUAGUGAACCUGGGCAAUCUCAUGGCAAGGUGGACCAACGAGUUGUACAAAAGCAACAUUCAUAGGGUCAUCAACAAGUCUGGAAAAGAACGUUAUUCUAUUCCUGUCUUUGUUUCUGGUAACCCUGACUACUUGGUCGAGUGCAUUCCGACUUGCAAGUCGGAGACUCAACCGGCCAAAUUUGGGCCUGUCACUGUGGAGCAGGCGGUGUCCGCAUCAUAUGCUGAGUCUUACGGACGGGCACAACUGUACAAGCAGGGCUUGGAGCAAGCCACAGCGAACAAGAUGCAAGCGCAGCAAGCAGAAGCUCAGCCGGCACAGAUUGCUGUCGCGUAA